AUGAAGCAACCUCCUGUUAGAGAUGACCGGCUAGCACGACUGGAGCAGCUCGCUGAGAAAUGGGCCCUCAGUCGCCAGCCGCCGCCCUCCCCCUCUCCGAGACCCGACCAGGCGCCAUCCUACCGGACGGCGAAUGACGAGUCUGCGGCCGAGGAGCUGCUCAAGGGGCAGCGCGCCACCGAAUCCCACGGCCACCAGCACAAGGGAAGUAUCUCGCGCGCCUUCACGACCAAGAAGAAGGGCUGGGAGUACCGAGAGAUAUACAGCGCCCUCGUCGCUCAUAUCACCAACCAGGGAUCCCCGGGCGUUGCCGAAUCCCUCAUCACCAAGCUCAACUUGGCCGGCGGCAAUCUGAAUCUGGCCCAGAAGAGCCGCACCAGCUUGCUCAGCAGGAGAAAGAGUCUCGACCUGGCCGAGCGGAGUCAAGUGCUCCAGAUCGCCGUAAAGAACGCCCAGGUGGACAUGGUCGAGGUUCUCCUGCCCUAUGCCGACGCCUUGAGUUUGGAUACGGCCUUGCCGAUCGCGCUUCGGGCGGGAAACCUGGCUAUAGCGAGACUCCUCGUGAGGUACGGCGCCAGCGUGGCGCAGACAGCCGAAGGCCAAGAUGCUUUCCGCAACAUCUGCGCCGGCGGCGGCCAGCCUGAGCUGGUAGCCCUGGUCAUGGGCUCGGAUGGGCGACCGUCCGUGCAGUGGGUCUCCCAAUCCAUGGUCGAGGCGGCAAAGGCUGGGUGUCUCCGCACAGUCGAGCAUCUCAGCCUGUCGACGGCGGACGGCAAUCACGACGGCGGCGCCGCGCUGAAAGCGGCCGUGAUGUUAGGCCGGAAGGAUAUAGCGCUCGCCGUCGUUCUCGGGAACAAACCGCCGGCCCAGCUUAGCCUCAACGAAGCAUUCGAACAGCUCAUGAACCAUCAAAACAUAAACCCGAACGAGAAGCUCGCCAUAGCAGAAGUUCUACUAUGCGCGGGGGCUGGAGGGGAACCCGUGUCGCAGGCCCUCGUCCAAGCCAGUUCUACUUAUUUCUUGGAAAUGGUUCACCUUUUAACAUCGUAUGGCGCCUCAAUCGAGUACCAGGAUGCGAUUGCGGUGCGCAAGGCAGUGUCGAAGGGCAAGAUUGACGUGGUGGAGGUCAUGCUGGGCGGGAAAUCCAAACUCAACUCCCACUACGCAUCCGAAUGCGUUGAAUUACUGCCCAAGAAGAUGAGGUUCGAGGAACGGCACACCUUGCUAAAUUUACUUCUCCGAAAAGGCGCUGCCGGCCCGCCAUUAGAUGAGGCGUUGGUGGAUGCGGCGGAGGUCGGCGACAUCGAAGCGGUACGACUGUUACUUACGCCUCUAUUUCCCGGCGGGACGGUCGUUGAGAGUAAAGGCGGUCGGGGCGGAACGCGAAGUAUGGUAUUCGAGCGACACGAAGUCGCGUCGACGGACCACAAAGGUGCCCUAGCAUUACAACUUGCUGUUAAGAAGGGUGACGCCGGUAUUGCAGGCCUCAUUUUGUCUAACAAGCCACCGAACCCGGUCGCCCUCGCACAAAUCUUCCCCAGUGUGCGCAACCUACCCCCUGUUGAACGAUACCAGAUUUCCGAAUUAUUUCUCCGGGCGGGACUGACGGGACCGACUGUCAAUUCUGCUCUGGAGAACGCGAUCGACGAGCAGCCACCUCACCGCGACGAGAAACUCAUCGCCCUCUUCCUCCGAUACAACGCCGACGUGAAUUUCAACGAAGGUCACGCCAUAACGGCCGCUAUUAUGCAGAAAGACAUUAGACUGCUGGAUAGGCUGCUUAAGAGUAAGCCGACUAUCCAGGUGGCGGCUAGAGCGGUCUCCAAGGCCAUGGGUAUCGAUGACAUUCCCUUGCGGUUGCAGAUUGUGAAUAUGCUCCUGGCGGCCGGUGCGUCCCAAGGCGGGCCUGAAGUGUCCGCAGCGGUCGGUGCUGUGCUGCAAGCGAACCCGCUCGAUAAGCGGUUGCUGAAGACUCUACUCCAGCAAGGCAACGCUGACGUUAACGUCGAUGAGGGGAUCGCCGUCGAGCACGCCGUAUUACAUUCCGACCCGGAAGUUCUAGAAAUGAUUCUGGGCUUGGGCCAACCGAACGCCGCGUCUCUGGAACGAGGGUUGAAGAGCCUAGUGAAACUCCCUGCAUCCGCUGCUAAAACUGACAAGCUGAACGGAUUGUUGCGUCGAACUGAGUCCAAGGAUACGGUUACCGCCCUCCUCCUCGAGGAAGUGAUGGGUGUUUUGAAGACGCCGCCACAGCAGCAGAAUUUCUCGUCGGUGAAAACCCUCCUGGCAAACGGUGCUGAUGUGAACGCCUUCAACGCUGAGGCGUUGUGCCGUGCCGUAGCAGCGUCGAACAUGCAGCUAGUCGAGGUCCUCUUCACGGCUAACCCGAAUCCCACGACGAUGGCGUUCGCCAUGCCUCACGCCCUACGAAUCCGCGACCUCAUGGACCGGCUAACCUUCGCGGAGAAGAUUCUCGACGGCGGCAUCCCGCCGACCGAAGUGAAUAGAGCCCUCAUCUUCGCCGUGAACACGUACCCGGAGGAUAUCCCGCUCAUCAACACGUUGCUGGCUCGGGCUGAUACUCGGGACGGGCAGGCCCUGAUUGAAGCCGUCAAGGCGGAGAAGCCAGAUAUCGUGGAGCUUCUCCUGCGCAAGAAGAAAUUCUCGACGGAGAUUCUCAACACGGGCUUCAUUCAGGCGACGAGGGCCAAGAGUAAGGUCUCGAGGAGAAUGUCGUGCGGCAGCCUGUUGAAAGCCGGCGCGUCGGGCGACGUCGUCUCGGAUGCUCUUCUGGCGGCCGCGUCGGACGGAGACCUGGAUUUCGGCACGAUCCUAGUUCAGAACGGCGGGAGCGCAGAGCACAGGGACGGCCAGGCAAUUAUAGAGGCCUGCCGCUCCGGGGCCGUUGACGUCUUAGCGAUGCUGUUCGCGGGGAACGUGGAGGUCGGCCAGGGCACGCUGCAGAGAGGUUUACAGGCAGCUACGCAAGUGGGGGACCUAAAGAAGCGGGCGGAGAUAUUCAAGCUGCUGCUCCAGAUGGGGGUUACGGGGGAGAUCGUCGACGCCCAGCUCGUGUCGGCGGAGAGGUACGGCGACGACGCGAAACACCUGGUGGAGCUUCUGCUCAUGUACGGAGCAAGCCCCGACUAUAACAACGGGGAGGCGGUCGAGAAAGCGGCGAGGAGCGCGUUCUUGGGGAACCUGGAGAUGCUUUUGGGCAUUGUUGACAUACGACCGUCUUCUCAUACCUUGGUUCGCGCUAUAGAGGCGUCUUGGGACCUUAACAGGGACACAAGAUUCACCGUCAUGAGUUGGAUAUUCCAGGCGGGAAAGCCGGUCCCGCAUGCCAUCCAUUCUACUCUGCACCGGGCGGUGAAUGAGGAACAGCCGGACGAGAGGCUGAUCGAGCUUUUGAUCUCCCACCGUGCUUCGCCGGCAGCGAAUAGCUGCCAAACCCUAAUCGAUGCGACGAAGACCCUGUCAUCAUCAGCCUUUGAAAAGCUCCUGGAUUCGAAUAUCAGCCCCGAAGACGCGGCUUUGGCAUUUACUAAGGCCUUUGCUUCCGACAGCGUGUCGUCGUGGCUGUCUACCCGGGGGUACGAGAUCGCCAAGUGCCUACUCGAUAGGGGCGCUAGCGGCGAUGCAAUAGGAUCUGCGUUCGCUGCAGUCCUGAGCCUGUAUGCUGAGACUCACGGAAAAUUGGCGAACGAUUUCUUGGAGAUGUUCCUGAAGCACGGCGCGGACGUUAAUUACAACCACGGAGAGGCGCUACAGAAAGCGGCUGCGCAAGGGGACCCCGACCUCCUGAGGAGGCUACUACGCGAGAAACCGGACUCGAAGGCGCUGACGCUCGCAUUCCCGCAUAUUUUCAGUCCCGCAGCCUCGGAGGACGAUAUCCACGAGCUAGUGACGCUCUUCAUUGAAUACAGCGACGGGAAUAGUCACGUCGAUGUCCUGUUUACCCACGUUGGCUCGGAGCCCGUCCUUGUCAGGGCCUUGACGCAGUUCCCGCGAUCCGUGAAGGUGCUCGAGGCGCUGCUAGAUGCCGGAUUCUACCACGACCAGAUGACGACUUGCAGGGUGAUGGAGCAGAUGGAGGAAGACGAGCCGGUGCCGCUGCUCAUGUGGGCUCUUAUUCAACCCCAGAAGAAAAUCAGCAGCGCUGUGAUCAAGGUGCUGAUUGAUAGAGGUGCCAAGGUCAACGCCGAGUCCCCCGUCUCCCGCGUGACUCCAUUGAUGCUUGCUAUACAAUCUCGCCGGCAAGAUCUCGUCAAGUCUAUCUUGCUCGCGGGUGCCGAGGUCGACGUCGCCGACGCGACGGGGAGGUCGCCGUUGUCCAUGGCGUCAGCUAUCGGCGGCGAGCUGUCCAUCACUAUGAUGUCGAACUUGCUGGCCGCUGGGGCGUCGAGGAACGACGGCUCGCUGCACAACGCGGCGCGGGAACUCAACUUGCCAGCGAUGCAGGUCCUAGUCGAAUAUAAACACGACCCCGACUUCCCGAGCCCCUUGCACGGCGGUCGCAGCGCCCUCGGCGAGUUAUGUCUUCAUGCGGCAGACUCGGGCGAGAUGACGGCCCGCCGGGAGAAGGCGAUGGAAAAAGCGAUUACUUUUCUGCUCCAAAGUGAUUCCGACGUUACCCUGCAGUCCGAAGGAAAAUCAGUCCUCCUUCUAGCCUUGGAGUCGGCCGACCCGCUCACUACGACGAAGGUACUGCUGAGAGCUGAUAUGUGGAAACACAUCAACAAACCUUUCAACUACUAUUCAGACGGCGAAUUUACGUACUCGCCUACCACGUACGUCCAGCGCGUACUGCCCGAGUCUGACAACAAGCCGCAGCUGUUGGCGCUUCUGCGAGCGAACCGCGGGGUCGACGUGUAUUACGCCAACAGCGGCGCGCAGCCGGACGACGCGGUGGGCAUGCCGUCGCAUAUCCAGAUGGAAGAGCAGGAGCGCAAAGCGCGGCUGGCGCGGCUGCAGAAGGAGAGCGAGGACCACGCGCUGGCGCUGCAGCGGAACAAGGAGCUGGCGGCGGUGCAGGCGCAGAUCUGGGCGCACCAGGCGGAGCUGGAGGCGGCGCGGAAGAAGCGGUCGCACAGCGCGGACCUGACGGCGCUGCAGGAGCGGGCGCGGGCGGAGGAGGAGCUGUUCGCGAGCGCGAUGCGGCAGCAGCGGGCGCGGCAGGCGGGCGACCUGGCGCACCAGGAGGCGCUGACGCAGGCGGGGCUGGCGCGGGCGCAGGCGAUCGCGGACGCGGAGCUGGCGGCGGAGGCGCAGCGGCAGACGCGCGCGCUGCAGUGGGAGCGCGACGUGGGCGGCGAGCGCGUCGGCAACGCGGCCCAGCUCAGCAGCAUCCGCGUGCGCGAGCGCGAGGAGCUCGAACGGCUCGACCGCGAGGCCGACGUCCGCCUGCGCGGCCGCAUCCAGGAGCAGCGCAAGCUCGUCGAGAGCCAGGGCGCGCUCGCGGCGAGCCUCGCCGGCGCCGGUCCCGGCGCCCGCCGGCAGAUCGGGUACGUGCAGGGCGAGCUGGACUGA